GUCAUUUAGCAACUUUUAACAACAAAUCAACCUGGCUCUAGCAACUUACCCUGAAAAUUUGUUGGCAACACUGACCAGACAGCUAUUAGCUAAACUAACCCCAGUUGUUCUAUGUAGCUUUUAAUAAAAUAACACAUAUGGAGUUCACAGGUAGCAGUUACACUGGAGACUUCAAGAAUGGCAGGAUGGAGGGAGAAGGAGAGUAUAAAUUCCCCACAGAGACAAGAUAUGUUGGGGAGAUGAAGAAUGGCAUGUUCCAUGGAAAAGGUGUACUCAAUUUCCCAAAUGGAAGCAUAUAUGAAGGAACUUGGGAGAAAGGAAUAUCCAAACAGGGUAAGUAUACUUUCUCUGAUGGACUGGAGUACCAAGAGAAGGACUGGGAGUUUUGUGAUGGCUAUGACAGACAGUUCUACACUGAGAGGUGCAAUGGACUCAAACCUGCAGGGGAGUCUCAGCUGACAGACCUUGACUCAUUGCGUGUCAUCCCAGAUGGCUGCUAUGACUGUGGGGAUGGAUUCUACGACCCCAACGCCAGGGUCGUCACUGACUAUGAGCAUCACUUUCUCAGAAACGCAGGACCUAGGUUAGAGGAUCAAUCUCAUGAUGCAGCCUGACAGUGACUUCCUGUCUGUGAUGGCGCUCAGCUGGGCUUGCUGGACGAAUCAGCUGCAGAGUGGUGGAGAAGAAGAGGGGAGGAGAUGAGUCAUUACUGCGCACACUGACCCAUGAAGAACCCGCCAGCUCAGCCAUCGGCCUGUGAUUGCUUCCUGCCCAGCGCCGGGCAUGCACACUUUUACACACACACGCACAAAUUGACACACCGAGACAUGCAAGUAUGUAUGCACACACACAACCAGGUACGCACCGGACAUACCAUAAAACUUCAAAUAAUAGCCCAGGCGUUUAUUUGCUUUUCAAUCACUGAACACAACCGCCAGGUGUCUAUUUCCUUAAUGCACACAGCUUUUGCUCAGAAAAAUGUUGUGAAGUCUACCAUACUGUUUAUUAUGACCGGUAUAAAAAAUUAUAAUAACAAACCCAUUGCUCUUUAUCUACUUUUGAGCAAUCUCAAUGGUACUCAAUAAAGUUCACUCGUAAACAAUAACUUUAGACCCAGCAUUUAUUUGAAACAGGCGUUUAUUUGUUGACAACGUGUGCCGAUUAUUGGCUAUUAAGUGAGACAGGCAGCUAUUUGAGACUGGAAAAUGCACACACACCAGAAUGACCCGCAGAGGCAUACAGUGCCUUUGGAAAGUAUUCAAACCC